UGUCUGGUGUGUAGGAGCUAUUAGCAGAGUGACACAGCUGCCUUACAGAGCCAGUGGCAAUUUCAAGAAACCUGUGGAGUACUACAAGAAGAGCUUUCUCAUCCAACUGAAUUAUCAGAGAAUUACAGAAGUCAAAAUGAAAUUGAUCUUCCAGUCCUUCCUCUAUUGCUGUCUGCUGGCGACAGUUGGACACUGUGUGGAACUUGAAGUGAAUCCUGAGUUGAAAAAAAGGCUAAGCAUAUGGCUAGGGAGCAGAUUGAGACGGGAUCUUGACAGCGUAUCAGUAGAGAAGACAGCAGAGUCUGAGCACUUUGUCAGACCAGAAGAUAUCAGGGAUACUUUGCUGCCACAUUCCAGCACUGACAUCAAUGUCCGAACCAAGAGGUCUAAAGCCUCAGCCAACCAGUCAAGAAGGCAAGGUUGUUCGCUGGGCACCUGCACAGUGCACGACCUGGCACACCGCCUGCACCAGCUCAAUAACAAUUUAAGGGUCGGGACUGCCCCUGUUGACAAGAUCAGCCCACAGGGAUACGGCCGGAGGCGUCGAUCUCUUCCAGCGCACAGAGUCACACUGAGGCUAGAGCAGGGCAGGCUGAGGCCCGUGAGGAGCAUAACUGACUCACAAGUUCACAAGCUUGAGGCUCUCCUCAGACGGACAUGAGCAGAACUUUGCAAGAGGAGUUGGGAACAAAAGCGAGGGAGUAGCUCAGAGUUAGUGUCCUCUGCUCUGUUCUAAAAUUCUCGAAAUGCCUCAGACUCCUGCCAAGUACUCUCCAGCACAUUUUUUCCAGGCAUGAGGACUGAGUCAGAGCAAGACUGGCUGCACUGAGUUUCUCUAAAGGCUGAGCCUCGCAGCUCAGCGAUGUAGAGCCUGCAAGCAACUGCAGCUGGCUUACAGACACUGGAUGGCACAGCGUGGAGCAAACUACAGGUGCUGCUCUCUGUUUGGCAGGGGGAAAGCACUAGUGCUAAUACCUGGCAAAGUGGACACAUCCUCUGGCUUAAAGAGGGAACUCUCUUCUAACAUUCUGGGACUUUACACAUUUCUUCCUCAUGGCCAGGACUUUGAUAAGUGCUAUCCUCUAAGGAUUAUACCACCAUGUUCCAAACUGUCAGUACUUGUCUGCACUUUUCCAUUUGGACUUUAAAUCAAAUGAAUCAUCAGGAAAAGACAUCUUCAUCACAAUGCCAAACAGGAAGAUAGGCUGCAGAGCUCUGAAGCUCUCAGUUUAUAUUAAGUUUUGGACACUGUAUAAGGGAAAAUGCCUUAGAUUCUGUGAGAUAUGUGCCAGUCCACAAUGGAUUGAAAUAUACUUGAAAUUGUUAUUGUUUGUACAAAAACAUGUGCAAUCUAUAUUUGUUUUUAUUGCAGGUAUAUGUAUAUGUGAAUUCCUUUAUUUAAAUAUUAUAUAGAGGUUACAGUAAAGUACUUAUGCAGAUAGAACUACUUUUGUACAGGAAGAAAUAUAUAUGGGCAUUGUAGCUAUUUGUCAUUAUUCUUUUGCAAACUGUGGUAAUAGGAUAUCUUUUUUAUAGGUAUAUUAUAUAUUUGUAAAUGUGUUCUAUUUUAUUUGUGUCAAAGCAAUAACUUUGUUAUUCAAUAAACAUUUUGCAUACAAAAUCUA